AAACUAAUAAUUACACUGUUUUGAACAAUGACGUUUAUGGAAUAACAAUGAGGGCCAAAAUCUCCAACCUUACCGACAAUAUUGACAUGCUGUUUACACUUAAUGAUAAGGACAGAAAUGUAUCCUGCGUUUCUUGGGAUGGCAAAGGAAAACUUAAAUGGACAACAUUCGGCUGUGAGACAAUAAUCAACGAUAACACCAUAAAGUGCUCCUGCUCACAUCUGACGUUCUUUGCAGUGCUGAUGUCUCCGCCAGAUGCAAAUAUAACAGUUUCGCAUCUGGAUUCACUGACCUUAAUUUCUUCUGUCGGUUGUGGCAUCUCCAUGUUUUUUAUGGCCAUCGCAUUAUUUAUGCAUUUCCUGCUACGGAAAGCUGAAUCAAAUCAGGCCACGAAGAUCCUGAUGAACAUGUUUGUGGCUUUGUCUCUACUGAAUGCCUCGUUUUUGUCAAACGAGAGCAUCGCUAACACAGGAGACAACGCUGCGUGUGUCUUCAUAGCGCUGCUCCUGCAUUACUCCAUGCUGGCCUCAUUCACCUGGUUCUUCAUUCAAGCUCUUCAUAUGUACUUAUGGCUCAUCAGACAGAACGUCACCAUCUCAAACUACAUGAGGAAGAUCACCGUGUUGGCCUGGGCGUGUCCGGCUCCAAUAGUCCUAGUCAUCGUUUCUGUAGGAGGAUAUAAAGCGGUGACCCUUAACACAACAUCUGGAAAAAUUGCACGAAUGCAAGUUUUUCUGAUGUCACACAUUUUUACAUUUAUGAAUGCCUUCUGAUGGUUUUAUUAAUAAUACUUCAUUAUUUUCUAACUACAGGUGCUGG